AUGAAAACUAGACGUGGUCUUAAAGUGGACUUAGUGUCUGCUAAAGUGUUCUUGACUACAGUUCUGCCUUUCAUUUUCUUUUGUUUCUCUUCUCAUAACCUCAGCGCAGGCGUAGGCACGAGCACUCUGACUGUGGUUCUGGGUCUCCAGAGUCUACAGGGAACAAACCCCAAUCAAGUGUCUCGGGCAGUAUCACAGAUCAUCACUCAUCCCAAAUUUAACCCUGGAACUUUUGAAAACGACAUCUGCCUCCUGAAGCUCUCCUCACCGGUGGGUUUCAACGCCUACGUCCAGCCCGUCUGUCUGGCAGCCACAGGCAGCACCUUCUACAAGGGCACUGUCUCCUGGGCCACCGGCUGGGGCAAUGUUGGAACUGGAGUGUCCCUUCCUUACCCACAAAAGCUAAUGGAGGUGCAGCUGCCGAUUGUGGGGAACAGACAGUGUACCUGUACCUACGGAUUGAGCCUGAUCACAAACAACAAGAUGUGUGCCGGUGCUGGAGGGAAGGACAUCUGUCAGGGGGAUGGAGGAGGUCCGCUGGUGAGCAAGCAGGGCGGUCGCUGGAUCCAGGGGGGAAUCACGAGUUUCCUCAGUAAUAAGGGCUGCGCAGUGCCUAAUAUCCCAUCAGUCUACACCCGAGUGUCCCAGUAUCAGUCCUGGAUCAACAGCCAGAUCACCAUCAACCAGCCGGGCUAUUACACCUUCAUGUCCGCUGGGACUGACGGUGACCUCAGCGUCACCUGUUCUCCACCAAGAACUGCACGCUAACAGUGAUCUGGUGGUGAGCAGGGCGGCUGUCGGUUCCAGGCAGCGGGGUUAAUAGGUGGAAACAACGCCUCCAACACCACCACCUUCCUGGUUAAUCUCCAGCCUCCAUCAGCAACACCAACAGCACCAGCACAGCUGCCGCCAACAUACCGACUACCAGCGGAGGCGCUCCUGCUCACUCCCCCUUCUUCUUCUUCUUCAUCCAUAUCCUCAUCUUCUCUGUGUGAGAGAUUCUGGAUGGAAACUGCUUUCUCUCUAAAAUAAAUCUUUCUGUCUGCUUCCUUUUGCUUUGAGCGUGUGUGCUACUGCUCUCAAUCUGAAGUCUAAUCCAAAAGUCCUGCAGUAAAUCCUCCUUCACGAUGGUUAUAACCUGUUUGUGUUGAAAGUGUUUUAGAGAUGUGUUGAUUCAACUGUCAUUUUGGAGACUG